UCCAGAUGGAAAUGGUGGUCGGGUUUACCCAGGGUACGGGAGAAACGAAGGGAUGGAGGUUUAAUAAACUACAAAAUACAACAUUCAACUCAUUUAACAUUUUGUUCAUUUUCAAAAUGGAUUCCGAGAGGGAUGAUACAGAGUCGUGUAUUGAUUUAAAUAAGGUGGAGUACCAUGGAAGCGGCAGCCGGCCUUUCAUAGCCAGCCCCAAGUACUGCCCUGGGAUGAAUAAAAACAGCGGCUAUGAGUGUGAGACGGGACACUGCUGUGGAGAGACGGGGUGCUGUACAUACUACUAUGAGCUCUGGUGGUUCUGGCUCCUCUGGACCAUCCUCAUCCUCUUUAGCUGUUGCUGUGCAUACCGUCACCGUCGGGCUAAACUGCGCAUCCAACAGCAGCAGCGGCAGAGGGAGAUUAACCUGAUAGCCUACCAUGGAGCCUGCAAUUACCCUGCAUCCAUGACGGACAUCAGUUUCUUGGCCUCGUUCAAACUGCCAUCCUAUGAGGAAGUGGCGGCUUGUCCCAACACCCCUCCCCCACCUUACAGCACUGUUUUUGCACUCCAGGGGAGGCAGUACGCCCAGCCUGGACCCAGCGGUAUCACGUCAUCCCAGAGUUCUGACAACUACACCAGCUGUUCCUGCGAGUCCUGCUCAGUCUCCUCCCUAGGCAGCACCUCCUUCUCUGUGCAGGUCACUGACGAGACGGAUACCAGCAAUGCUACCACCCCCAGUGAGGCGGGUGACUCCAGACCACCCAGCACCUCUGCAGCCACGGCUGAAUCUGAUCCCGUAGGGGCCAUGGCUUCACAAGGUGACCUGCAAGGGGAAAGUGCCGCCACCGAGAGCAGCACAGGCCAGCAGUCUCUCAAAGCGGCCCAGUCACCACCCAAGCAUGCCCUCUUCUCUUCCAACAUUGACUUUUUUGAGCCUGAAUGCCAUGCCUGCUGUGCCUCAGACAUCGAGGAGGAGGAGGAUGCAGAGGAACGCCACUUCCGGCACCGCAGGCUAACUGGAGAUUCUGGAAUUGAGGUUUGUCGCUGCCAGGUGGAGAGUGAGGAAGAGGGUCUCGAUGAGAACAAGGAACGUGCUGUUCAGGAGACCACCUGCUUCCUGCACGACAGCUCUGGGUGCUCUCACAGGGCCGAUGCCUCUCGGCCGCAGUGUGAGGGGACAAUGGGCCAAACGCAAGAGGAGUGUGCCAGUCUGUGCACAGCUAUCACCCUGCAGCUGAGCGGGGAAUCUGUUGUUACAGUGGAGUCAGUGUGAUGUCAUACUCAUUGUGGGGCUAAGCUUGUGCCCUAAAGAAAGAAUUACAGUCUGUGAAAGUGUGGGAAUUCUGAGCCCCGAUGGCGAUGUGUGGCAAUAACAGAAGUGGCUUUUAAGCUUUGUUUGUGAACUUACCCAUCUAUUAGAAUAAAUAAAGCUUAAAAGGGGGAGGGGAAAAAAAAAAAGUCUGUGUGUAUGAUCUAAAUUAGGCGCAUUAAACAAAAGGGUAAGUAGUGAAAACGAAAGUGAGCCUUUGCUUGCUCAUUUACAUUCAUGUGUUAGUAUCUCCCUUUUGUUAAUUCAGGGGGUCACACAUUGUUGUUUUGUACCCUUCUUGUUAUAAUGUUAUAAAGCUUAUGCUUAUAAAUUCAUCCUUUUUUCAUCUAGUGUAAAAUAAUGUAGUUUUUCAUUAGUGGUGAAGUGGUAGUGGAUUUAACCACUUAUUCUGCUUUUUGUAACCAGGCUUUUGUAUUAUAUGAACCUUGUCAAAGACUUCAGUCCAUCUGUGCUCUGUUGAUUUCUCAUUAUGUUGUAACAAAAGCAAUAAUAUACCUUUUUUUUUUUUAACUCAAAUGCAAAGAAAGGCAUUUGGCUGUUAUACAAAUCUAAUGUUAUGUUAUGGAUUGAACUGCAAGGAAGUUAUUUUGGGUAGAUGUGUGUAUUACUAAAAAAAGAUUCUCUCCCAUGCUUAGUCUCAUAGCUGUUUCUUAAAGGGCUUGAGGGUGAGGGUACCGCUUUGCAAGACAGUGCUUGAAGUAACUGAACUGAUAAAAUCAGUGAAAAAACCCUCCGAGGCACUAGUUUCUCAUCGAUAAAGUUGAAUGCAAGAAAGCACAAGUUGCAUUGGUAUAUUGUAUUUCAAAUAGUAGAUCAGCUGGAUUUGAGGAGAGUUAUAGCUGUUGUCAGAAAAUCUUCCAGUCAGCUAUAUGAAGUUCAUAUCUCCAUGGUGCUGUAUGACCACAUUUUGUGUGUACACAUUUCUUUAUAAUGCCAUACUGAAUGCCAUUCUCAUAGGAAAUUUGAGCCAAACUAUUCUCCUUGCAAAACUGUGGAGAAAACAGAGCAUACAGCUUUAAAACAAUUGUUAUUUUUAAUGUGUUUUUUUUUUUUUUUUUGGUAAAUGCAUGUUAAAUAUUAGAUACCCUGAUUUAAGUAGCAAGCUGUUAAUUUCCUAGAUGGUGAUUAUAAUGUAUGCCCUGUAUAAUUAAAAAUAAUAAGACGUUGGUUUGCUGUUACCUUCACACUAGAAACUUGUACUUUUGUUUGCACAAAAAAAAUAAAAAAAAUAAAACAUCUUCAUUAACUUUGGAAGCCUGGGUUGAGGUACAGCAAACCAACAGCCUUGAAACAGGAAUAGCAAAAAGAUUGGGUCAUCUUUCAUGAUGAACUGCACGAAGAGAAUGCAUAGAAGACAUUCUCUCCUUUUCUGUGAUCUGUACACAGUUAUUUUGUGUUUUGUUUAUACCAAGUAUAGAACAGUGCUUUUAUUAUUAUUAUUAUUAUUAUUAUUAUUAUUAUUAUUAUUAUUAUUUGACCUCAAUGUUAAUAAAGCUGCAGCCCUGCUUUUCAGAGUGCCCAGUCACAUCAACUCACAGUAACUGCAGUGUUGCCUGUCAUUUCUGUGCCAUUGCUAGCCAGCUAUUUGCUUUGAUCAACCGGCCUAUAUGGACCCAAACUGCAGCUGGAUUAUAUUGAUGGAAUAACUGUGCAGGUGCACAACAUUAUCCUGUGUAAAUGUGCUUGCUGACCUGAAUGUUGUCUGUAACUCGCAUGGAUGAAUCUCUAAACGGCUUACUGUCGGUUGCCUAUUGAUGAGCUUCAAAAAUAGUAUGUAUAAAUUUCUUAAAUGAGGGGUUUUAAACCUUUAUUUUAUUUUUUUUAAACUGUACCCCUUCUGCUGGGAGGUUUCAGCUUAAGUACCCUUUACAA